AUGCAGGUCAACGAAAAAAUGAGGAGCCGUUAUCCUCUUAUCGGUGAAAAACGUUGGUCGGUAGUUUUGUUGGUCAUUUUAGGAAUAAUCGGAGCAUUGGUUUUCGCAACAACCAUACUCCAAACCUCCGACCACACCUUGUUAUGUUCACUCACCCGAACCACGAACCAACAAUCCGACCCUACACCGAUCCAGCUUCGUGCCAUCCUUCACUACGCUACCUCCCACGUCGUCCCUCAACAAUCCCUCGACGAGAUCAGCAUAACCUUAAACGUCAUCAAAUCCCUAAACCGUCCCUUCAACUUCCUCGUAUUCGGUCUGGGCCACGAUUCCCUCAUGUGGGCCGGGUUCAACCCACGCGGAACCACGCUUUUCCUCGAAGAAGAUCCGAAAUGGGUUCAAACAGUUCUCAAAGACGCACCGGAGCUUCGAGCUAUUACUGUCCCCUACCGUACACAGCUUCAAGAAGCAGACGAGCUUCUCAAAACGUACCGAUCUGAGUCGGCUUGUUCUCCGGCUAAAGCCACGCUGAAAGGCAACGAGAAAUGUAAACUAGCGCUUCAUAAUCUCCCCGACGAGGUUUACGAUACCGACUGGGAUUUGAUAAUGAUCGACGCCCCGAGAGGGUACUUCGCGGAGGCGCCAGGUCGUAUGGCGGCGAUAUUUUCGAUGAACGUGAUGGCGAGAAAUAGAAAAGGCUCCGAUGUGACACACGUGUUUUUGCACGAUGUAGAUCGGAAGGUGGAGAAGGCUUACGCGGAAGAGUUUCUUUGUAAGAAAAACAAGGUGGAUGGUGUGGGAAGACUUUGGCACUUCAAAAUUCCUGCAAUGGGAAACAAUGACACUCGUCAUGAUUCCAACGAUUCAACUUUCUGUUAA